AUGAGUGCUUCUGCAGACAUAAUGGAUUCAGCUACUUCUUUCUAUGAUAUUGGCGGUUAUCGUGAAAAUGUUCGCCGUUACAAAGAUGGAAUUGAACAACUCAGUGGCAUUCAAACAAUGAUAAAGGAAAGAAUGGAUAUAGAGACAAACUAUAGUAAGUGUCUGCAACUUUAUUACGAUAAAUGGUCCGAUCAUGUGAAUGGUAUGACAUCAUCAGCGAUACAAACAGUAUGGAAAGAUAUUUUAGAGGAAAGUAUUGAAUUACAGCGAUUGCAUACAAAUAUACGAGAUCGAAUAUGUGAUGAGAUUUUGAAGACAAUUACUUUAUAUUUGAAAGAAAAUCAUCACCCAUCGGCAUUUCGGGCAUCUAAAGAAACACGUGAAAUUGAGGAUGAUUUUGAAAGGGCUCAGCGGUCAUGGCGUCGUCAUUAUGAGAAAGUUGAAAAAGCAAAAAAAGCAUUUCAUGCAGCAGCUAGGUCAGAACGAUCCGCUCUUGUGCAGAUGAGAAAUACAUGCAGUGAUGGAACACUUGCUGUCGACUUAGAAUCCAGAUGUCGUGAUCGUUAUCAUAAGUGUCAGGAUGAACUGACAAGAUCCGAAAAAGUUUAUCGUACUACACUUGAUAACUUGCAUCUUUUGAAGAAAAAUUAUGUUUCACAUAUGAAUGAUGUAAGGUCCCAUGCACAAGUUUUUGAGGCAUGUCAACGAAAAGAGUUGAAGCGUUUGAAAUUCGUUUUCGAAAUGCUCUCCAAUUUGCAGAAAAUCUAUUCUGAUAUAGCAAAUGCUCCAAAAUUAAAUCAGUUACAUCGUUGUUUAGAAAAGAAGCUUUUUACUGAUAGUAGUCGUUUUAAUGAUGACUUGAAAAAUUGGUCAAAGAAAUUCGGUCCCGAAUGCGAAACAAGUUGGCCAAAUUUUGAAGAAUUCACGCCGUCUUUAAAUUCUAUAACAUCUAGAAAGAAGAAGAAAGACGACGAUGUAAUACUGAUGAAACAGACAUUCAGAUCUGAUGAUAACUAUUAUACUCCAGUCUGUUCAGCUCAAAGUCUGCUAUUUCAAAAUGGACAACUACAAAUGCCGGCUGUGCCAGAAAGAUUGUCUAAUCAAAAAGAACAGUUGUCAGUAUCACCUCAUGCAUCUCAUAAUGAAUCAUCUGUACUUAUUCGUGAUAGCUUGGGCAUAGAUUGCCGUGAAACGUCACAUACUGAAAAUGAGAAGCCUCAUGUGACAGACAUACAUCAGAAUUGCGGUGCUGAAGGUGGUGACGAAAUAAUGUAG